CCCUCUGUGCGGCAUGCAAUCAAGGUCUAAAGAGCAGGGCUGAGCCUGCUUAUGAGCUAGAUGGAGAUUUCCAGCUGGUUCUGAGGAUGGUGCAGGGCUCACUGUGGCGGGCAACCCAGGACCUUAUUGCUCUUGCCCUCAGCUCUCCCCUUGCUGGCUUCAGAAGGGCCAAGCCUUUUGCUCCAGAGCUGUGCUGUGAGGCUGUGUUUCCAUCAGGAGGCUUCAAGGACCACAUCUGGUUUAGUCAUGACUGUUGGACCAAACAUUGCAAGCAGGUGGCAGAAGUGGGGCAGGCUGAGGAGCCUGAGGCAGCCUGAAAGUUCAGCCCCACUUUUCCCCUCUCCCUGCCUCAGGAAAGCAUGACUCACAUCCUCUAUGACCACUACUUUGCUCUCACCCUGGUCCCUGGAGUGUCCCUGGAGCAUGUCUGCUAGCGUGUGCUGCUGUCUCCAUCGAUUCUCGUCCCUCCGGACCCAGGCUGAGGGGAUUGGCUCUGCUUUAACACCUGUCUGGGGCUGCCUCCUCUUUUUGCACUGCGAUCCAGUCUGAGCCCAAGCCUCCCGGAGGGUGGGGGAGUCCAGUACACAGACACAGGUCUAGAACAAUGUGUCGGGUGGCAAUUUCCUAUUCUUCCUCAGUCAUUGUGAUAGUAUUCGGAUGCAGACUGUGCUGUGAGGGCAGCUAGCAAAGGCUUUGGGGCAGGGAUCCCUCAAACUCAGCCAAUUGGAUGACAGGCCAUGAUCGCAGUGAACCUUGAGGGUUUAUGCUGAAGGCGUCAGCUUGUCUCCACAAUGCAAAGGGGAGGUGGAGGCCAGUUCCGAGUGUGACUGGGCCCCCAGCCAAUGGCUCUGAGAGCUGCAAGGUUCAAAACUCUUGUGUAGACAGCAGACCUCACAGAGAAGGAAGUGGUAGAAGAGCAGAGCAAAGCAGCAACCCAGAGCAGUAUGUCUGAGCUGCAGCAGCUAGAGCAGCAUGAGAUCCCCUCUGCCAGACAGGUCCUGUGGGACAAUUACAGCAACCUCCACAAAGUGGCUGACUACUGUGAGAACAACUACAUGCAGGCAGAAGACAAGCGGAAAGCCCUGGAGGAGACCAUGGCUUACAGUGCCCAGUCCCUGGCUAGUGUGGCCUACCAGAUCAGCAACCUGGCCAGCAAGGUCCUGAAAAUGUUGGACUUGCAGGCGGCUGAACUGUGCCAGUUGGAAGCCAGCAUCUGCUCUACUGCACAGAUGGUUGACAUGCACAAGGAGAAGGUGGUUCGUCGGGAGAUCGGGACAUUGGCUGUCUGCAAGAAGCCACCACUCUACCAGAAAAUCAUCUACCCACAGAACCUGGAACGCCGGGAACCCUACUUCCGGAAGCCCCUCAACUUCAGCAUCCUGGAUGAUGUUGGCCAUGGGAUUAAGGACCAGAGCACACAACUGUCCCGGACAGGAACCCUGGCUCGGAAAUCAAUCAAGACAGCAGGACAGUCUUCAAAUACCCUGGGGAGAAACCCUCGUGUCGCAGAGCCCAUACAGCCUCCUGUGGUUCCUGAAGGCAAACUGUCAGCUUCAACCUCCACAUUAUCUUUAACAUCGCUCAGCAGCCUCCCUGGAAGCAUCAAUGCAAAGGUACCUGAAGCUCCACCUCCACCGCCUACCUUGCCCACAGCUGUGCCAGCUCCCCUGAUGGGCAUAGACCCAAUGCCACCUCCUCUGGCAGAUGUGCCUGCACCUCCACCCAUUGCAUUUGAGAUGCCACCAAUUGAUUUCCUACCACCGCUACCUAUGCCAGAUCCUGACUUCAUGGAGCCACCACCACCUCCAGCCUUGACUGACUUUGAAGAUUUGGCACCUCUUCCUCCUCCCCCACCACUGGAUAUAGAGGAAUUGUCAUGGGUACCGGACAACUACUUGGAAAAAGUGGUGACGCUCUACCCCUACACUCAACAGAAGGAGAAUGAGCUCUCAUUUCAAGAAGGGACCGUCGUUUAUGUUACACGGAGGUACUCCGAUGGCUGGUGUGAGGGAGUGACCAGUGAGGCGGAGGGCUUUUUUCCAGGCAACUAUGUGGAACCUUUUUGUGAAUAGCCCAGCCGGGGUGCAGAAGAUGGUUCUCUUCAAGACCUGCAGAGGUUUAUUGCCUUCUCCCUCAUCUCAUGGGUUAAUGGAUCUUUAUGCAACUGGUAUAUUGCCAGUAAGACCAACCUCAGUGCCCAUCACUUGUUCCACAGAAAUUUCAAAGAUGUAUAAGAAUCAAGUCACCUAAUCGUGGUAGAGCCUCAUUCCUCGGCUGGGUCACAGAGAAACUCCAAUCGGAAGGUAGCUCAUACCUUAGGACAGCUGUUGGAGGCACAGGGAUGUCCUCCCCUAAAAGCUCUGCUGUUUCUCUUAAAGCUAAAACCUCAGCCCCCUUCAGUCCAUGGGAAUUUUGCCACAGCUUACAGUGGAACCAGGAAUCGGCCUUUAUUGUGGACACAUUUUACUGGGGUGUUGAUUUGCUCAGUAUUUUUAUUUCACCCCCUGGGUGUGAAGUGUAACUUAUGGCACCUCCCAUUAGGUUUGCAAAGAGUGUCCCACCCCACUGAUUGAAUAGGAUUUAGUACCAGGACUCCUUAGAUUAGCAAUGAAGGGAAGAGUCUGGGGCAUUCUGUGAUUCUCAGCCUCAUGGCUUCAGUAGCUGCCAGGUUCAUACCAGGCUUUUAGUCUCUCUCCUAUUCCAUAAAAAGCUCAACAAAAUGGGAAUUGCUUUCUGCCCUCUGAAUAAGCCUCCUCUUCGCAUAAUCUGUUCUUGGAAACCAGUGGGAUCCUAACACCUUGAAAAAAAUCCAAAUUGGCUCAGAGGUUUAGUUAAUGCAAUGAUUCCCAACCAAGGUCCUACAGCACCCUGGGGUGUCAUGAGAUCCUUUCAGGUGUGCCACAGGGCAUCAUGUAAUAUGAGCACUGUUAGGUGUACAAACAUGAUUGAUAAGAUAAACUUGGAGAUUUUCAAUAUGGAACCACAGUGUCAAAAACAUUCUGAUGUUGUGAGCUUUCUGAGUUCUUUGCAACAAAAGAAAUUGCUUUACUAUUUUUUGUAGCCAAAAAUUGAGUAGUGAAAACUAAGGGCUGACAUUUUCUGUCGGGUGUCUUGAGUCUAAAAUGUUUGAAAACUACUGGGUUAAUACAUUGAGUGGGACAUUUUAGUGCUCAACAGAGCUUAUCAAGUCUGGAAAACAGACCUUUCCUCAUGGGACAGCCUAGCUUAAGAAUGGGUGGUAUUUUAACCACUGAGAGCAGGUUGCCAACUUCUGUUCUCCCCAUCUAGAAGCUAGGAUGAUACAUGCCUGUCCCCCAGGCCUACUGUGAGAAUGAACACAUCUGGCAAGAUCCACAAGCAUGACAUGAUGAGAAGCAUAGACAGGCCUGGGCACAGCUGUGAGAUAACGUAACAUAGUUGGGGGGUAAAGCAGGUGGAUACUCUUUAACUUUGGCAAGCUUUGGGGAAGUGUGUUAUGCAAACCAGAGUGCGCGCUUCAAUGCCUGAGCACACAGAAAUAGCCCACCCGUAUAACUGCCCCCCGCUGCGUAAUGAUAGGGAGCUGCAAAACACAGUAUGGGCUACUGUUUGGCGUGAUAACAGCACCAUCUGUAAAAGGCUCCACUUCUGCUAAAAUUAGGCUUUUGCUGCUACUGUUUUGCUAAGAGCAGCUGGGGAUUACUGCUGCUGCCUUGAGAUUUGGAGAUGGAAAGGCUCAGUCUCAGAGUCUAACUUGAUGCAUUUUCUGGCUGCAGCUUAUGCUUUAAAGCCAUUGUGUGACUGCUCCGUGAGAGCUCCUGAACAAUUGGAAGAGAUCACUCAGUACUGAUGAGUGCUACUGGGAGCAUCAAUAGCAAGGAAAAUAUACUCUCAGAGGCCUGUGGCUGCCCUGUUCUCAAAUGGUACUGGGGCCAAAGAGGAACCUAGAUUGGGCACCUGCUCAGGAAGGACAGGUGUCAUUGCCAAUCCACUUAGGGUAUAGUCAUCAUGUUAUUGACCCUGCCCUCUGCUGUAUAUGGCUGUUACUGCUGCUCCCUUGCUGUUAAAAGGGUACCCAUUUUUAAUAAAGAGUUUUUAAAAGCUUGUCUUCCCUAUUCCUGUGGUGGAUGUGUGGGGACACAAGGUUUAAACUGUAACUAAAUUACACUAACAACCUUCCUAGAAACCAGGGAGCUAAACUGCCUGUAGUGAACUCUGGCACAAUUUAGGUUCCCAAAUGGGUUGGUGGAUCACAGUUGGUCGGCCCUUUUUCUUUCCUGUCAGCUGCCAAGCUGCAUUAAAAAACAACUGAAUGUCCACUACUUAGGUCUGGUUGUCAGUGACAGCUGAUCCAUACAUGGGAGUAAAAUUAGGCUCAUGUGAUUGGGAACAGCAAUGGAAAGGUGGUCCACAAGACCAAACGAAGCUAUAAGCCAUUUUCUGAAAGAAGAGAGCAAUAUCAUCAUGUAGAAUAGAGUGGACAGACACACAAAUGAUGAUUAUUUUGGAUCAUGUGUGUCCUCAGAUUGCAGUCAAGUGUAACACAGAGGCACUAUCCAUUACCUCCACCCCAAAAGAUGAAGUAGCCUUCUAAAUAGCCAGCUGUUUCAUCCGCUGCCAAAGCCAUUCCUCAUAAGCACAGCCCUAUACAGUUGCUUCCCCAUGGUCCUGUUUUAUUUGCAUCCAUGGUCCAUAAGCAAAUGAGAAAUUAACAAGAUGUCUGCUACAAAAACUAGGGAUGUGGAAGAAAAACAAAGGAAAGUGCAAGAUGUGGCUGAUUUGACAACGGGAAAAUCCAUCCAGAUUACAGAUGACCAGUUACAUCAUAACUGUAACCUGUAAUGCUUUCCCUUCUCCUCAGUCAAAUAAGGCACUCAGCCCCCUUGAUGACAGCUGGGUGGCUGUGGGGUAGAUUUCGGAUUGAUCAUCAUCCCACGGAGUCAGAUUCUACAGGGAAAGCCAGUGGAUGCAGGGAGCAGUUACAAUCCCAAACUGUCCCUUUAGCACCUAAUGUAGGCAAACAGGUCCCACUGCAAACACACACCCAUGCCCUUCCAUUCACCAUUACACUUCUGUAGUAAACCCAUUUCACAGGAGGAUGAGCCAACUGAGAUUUAGUAAGGAGGAUAAAGUCAGGGUAAGCCAGGAAGAAGGCCCAGGUGGAUCUGGCUCCCCUCCCUCAGGCCAUACUCAUGAAGAAGCCCAAAGGGGCAGGAGCCCAGGACCCAUGUAGACUGCUCAACCGCACCUAUGUCACUGGCUUGCAAUCCCAACAUUCACACGUGUGCAGUAGGGCUGUGCGAAGCUUCAGGUGCUAAUCCGAUUAGGAGAUUUGGCUUUCCAUCCCCUGCCUGCUCCCCCAG